CGCAGUCGGACCGUGCUCUAUAAAACCGCGCCGAGGCCACCGCGGCCGGGAGCUGGGACUCACACCCACCGACAGCACUGGCCAUGGCCACUCGCUGGGGCAUCUGCAGCGCCGGCAGAAUCUGCCACGACUUCAUGGUGGCUCUGAAGACCCUGCCGGACACCGACCACCAGGCUGUGGCCGUGGCCUCCCGAGACUCAUCGCGAGCUCGCGACUUCGCAAAGCGGCACCAAAUCCCCAAGUGCUACGGUUCUUACCAGGAGCUGGCGAAUGAUCCCAACGUGGACAUCGUCUAUGUGGGGACCAUUAACCCCCAGCACCUGAAGGUGGCCCUGCUUAUGCUGCAGGCAGGCAAGAAUGUCCUCUGUGAGAAACCCAUGGCCAUGAAUCUGAAGGAGGUCCAACAACUCAUCUCUGCAGCCCGGAAAUGCGACCUCUUCCUCAUGGAGGGUCUUUGGACACGGUUCUUCCCGGUCUCCCACAAGAUUCGAAGUCUACUGUCUAUCAAUAAUGUUGGGGAGAUUAAAAUGGUGAGAGCAGAGUUUGGCACGUGGAUGCUGGGAACACCACGGCUGGUGGAGAAGGAGUUGGGUGGAGGAGUACUCUUGGACAUUGGCUGCUACUGCCUACAGUUUGUCUGCAUGGUGUACAAUGGCGAGAAGCCAGACUCUGUCCACGCCACAGGAUUCCUCACAGAGAAAGGUGUUGACGAAACAGUGACCAUCAUAAUAAAGUACUCCAGGAAACGCAUGGCCAUAGUAACUGUAACAAUGGCAUCACAGCUUCCCAACCAGGCAAUCAUCAUUGGUACAAAUGGCACAAUCACGGUACCAGGGCACAUGUGGUGUCCCACAAGCCUUAUGGUCAAUGGAGACAGAGAGGAGUUCCCACUGCCAACUCCAUCUCAGCCCCUCAACUUCUUCAACAGUACAGGCCUACGGUACGAGGCUGAGGAAGUACGGCAGUGUCUUAAGAAAGGACUGAAGGAGUGCCCCCAGCUGACACUGUCCGACAGCGAGCUGAUCAUGAGCAUUCUAGACGAGGCUCGGCAGCAGAUCGGGGUUGUCUACUGUCAGGAUACAGCUUGAAGGCAAGAACUCAGCUGUGUAGUCACCAACUGUACUGGGACUGGUGCGCACAGACACCAUUAAAAACAGUCACAUGUCCUUCAUGCAGAUUUGUGUUGCAAUGCUAUUCUGAAGACUGCGAAUCUCCUGGCAGGCAGCAUUGCUUCAAAGAUGUAAAGUUGUAUAAAGAAAUAUCAAGUAUGACCUGAAGAUUGAAUUCAUCACAAUAAACUGCACCAAACAUGCGAACACUGCACUGAUUUGAUCACCAAUCACUGCAUCUCACAACAGCUGAGGAAACCGAGAGAUGGGUCCCCAUCUUUUCCCCAUCACUACCAGCUUCUGGUACUUCAAUGAAAUUCUGGGCAACGUGUGGCAUUUUCUCAUAAAGGCUUUAUUGUAGAUGAUUCACAUUACAGCCACCCUUAAAAUUUCUGGAACUGUUUCUUGGCUCCUGCGGCCUUGGUGACUUUGAGGACGUUGAAACGCACUGUCUUACUGAGGGGCCGGCACUCCCCAACAGUCACACUGUCUCCAUUCUGCACAUCCCUG